AUGACGAACGCUCGGCGCUUGGCCCGUGACGUGAUUACGUUCGGAGACUUCUCCGUGGAGGAGACGCGAAGGGUCUUCGAAGACGUUGAUGCAGUGGAGAAGAACGUUCAGGUUGUCGCGUUGGUCAAGGAAAAAGCCGCUCCCAAGUCGUGGGCUGACGCGGUGGGCGCUGACAAGAUCCAGUCAUCACUAGAAAGAAGUGGAAGUGUGACAUCGUGGCCCAUUGCAGCUACUAGCGAUAUAGAGUCAGCAGCCACAAAGGUAGCGAGGGAUCCAAGUAAGCCGGUGGGAUUCGAGGAGGUGAUUCAGGAGACACUACAUCAUCUGGACGUAUCGGCACCAGCUAAAGAAAUGAAGAAGAGAGGUUUGGUGAAUCAAGGCAACACAUGUUUCCAGAAUGUCAUCAUGCAGUCCGUGCUGGCUUGUCCGCCAUUUUUGAAUCUGUUGGUCGAGAUUUCGACUGCUAGUCCUCCAACGACGACAAUGCUGGCGAGUACAUCGACGUUCAAGGCGUGGCGACACAUGGUGGCAUUUACGCGUGAAUUUGAAGAACCGACGUUGGCUCAAUUGCAGCUUCAAGCCAGUAGGGAUGACCGUAGAUUCAACGACAUGCAUGGCAAAGCACCACAAGCAAUUCGAAUCAGCGGGUACUUCAUGGACGUGUUGAGUGCUUUUCAGAAGAUGCGCGGAGAGCAGGAAGAUGCACUGGAGUUUCUGGAGUUUUUCUUGGAGUAUUUGCACACAGAGUACGAAAAGAGUGGCCUACGGUUGCCUGCCUCUUGUGAAAAACAGACAAAGCGGUCUCCUGUGACCAAACAGAAUGGGGUUGGUCUGGACGUGGACGUCAAGAGCGCUCAAGCGUUUGACGACGGUUGGGCAGAGGUUGGUAAGAAAGGAAAGAGUAGCGUGCUACGUCAGAACCCCGUUGAUACUGUUCGCUCGCCGAUCAAUUGGUUGUUCAAGGGUGCACUGCGCUCCGAGCUGAAGCAAAUCGGCAAGAGGCAAAGUUCCAUUACUGUCGAGCCGUUUCACUGCUUGCACUUGAAUCUCGAUUACGAAGCGCAAGACCCGUCACUUGGUACAAGCGAGAACGGCAUGGCUAACUCACUUGACGCGUCGAUUACUGUUGAGGAGAUGAUUCGCAAAUCAUUUGACGUCGAGGUCAUUGAGGACGCCAACCAGGUGCCUACAAUGAAGAAGUACACGACAGUGGAAUCCCUUCCAGUUGUGCUGACGCUGAGUGUAAAGCGUUUUACGUAUCAUCCGGAACAAGGGCCGGUCAAGUUACAGCAGUUUGUAAAGUACCCGCGUUUUCUGGAGUUCCCGACACAGCUCAUGUCAGCGGCUUGUCGUGCGGAGAAUGGAUUGAACUCCUCAGGUGCUGCGCCCGUCAGUGGUUCCGGCGUAUUGACUCUCCCGAUGUACGAGUUGUUUGCGGUCGUGUCGCAUCUGGGCAAGUACGUUGUGGGAGGUCACUACACUUGCGUUUGCCGCGACAACAAAGACCAGUGGUUCCGUUACGAUGAUGAGCAUGUGACGUCUAUUUCAGAGGCUGCGGCGCUUAGUGAAACUGCUUACUUGUUGCUCUAUAUCCGAACGAAUAAACGACCGCCUGAACUGGUCGUGGCACCAGCCUCGCAUUCGAGCUCAGCAUGUGUCAAGGCGACGAGCUCCAGUGGUUCAAGAUGCACAAACAGCAACGGCACUGGCAAAGUUUCUGGUGGAUUGAAGUGGAAACAGACCGCGGCUUCGCCAUCAUUACUGACUUUAGCGCCUCGACCUAUUCCCGGCAUGUCUCCGAUCAAACAACCCGUGGCAACAACUUCGAAGGCAAAGAAGGCUAGUAAGAAGAAAGCAUGA